AUCAACGCGGUCGAAUGGAGUAUCGAGAGUACUUAAGUCAAGUGUGACUACCUGAGGCUUAGAAACGCAUCAGUCAGUUGCAGCCAGGUGACAAAACAGCACGAUGUUACGACGAAACAUUUGUCUUUGCAUGCUCCUCCUCAUCUUCAGCAUCGCCAUUCGAUUCGGUGAUUGUCAGAAUGAUUGCGAUACUGAAGAUGCACCUGGUUCUGUCAGAACUCGUUUAUCGUGGCUGGAAAGAUUCCUGAAUGGUCUGAUGAGGCCUAUAGAAGAUGCGGGAAAUAUUAUGGGAAACAUCAUUGGUCAUAUUAGACCUAGAAAUAACACGCAACCUAAUAAUAGAAGAUCUUUGAGUGAUAUCCUUAACCGAUUUGAAGAGCAAAUCCACGUUAUCUUCCCAGGAACACUAUGGUGCGGCAGUGGAGAUAUCGCACGUAAAGACGACGACCUUGGGCUUCUCAAAAGAACGGACGCCUGUUGCAGAGCACAUGAUAAGUGCCAGAGUAAUAUCCUAGCCGGUGAUACGGAGGUCAAUCUGAAGAAUAAUGGUAUCUUUACGAGAUCUGCUUGUUCGUGCGACGAAGAGUUUUACAAUUGCUUGAAAAAUGCCUCGAGCCCUUUCGCUACUAAAAUUGGAACGAUGUAUUUCGAUAUACUGCAACCGCAAUGUUUCUCGUGCAUGUGUCCAACGGAGGAUUGCGCGCUUGACGACGGCACGGAAUGCAAAGGUCACUGCACGAAAUACCAAUGGGUUAGCAGUCCACGGUUUAUACAGUUUUAAUAUGUAUAAAAAACAAGGAAAGGAUUUUGACUUCAAUUCUGGACUCUUCAAUUCAUAAUAUUUAAGGAUCUAUUUCUACAAUGUGUGCUGUUUUUCAAGCAAUUGUGUAACCGCGCUUUUUAAAUAACAACAAUUUUCCUUUAAUUCGUGACGUUAUGUUUGUGAAAAUUUAUGAUCGUUUUAUAAUUUAAAAUUUAAAUAAAUAUUUUCCAUUCGUUGUAAACAUUCACAAUUGUCGAAUUAAAGUCGAGAAUUUAAUGUGUCGAAUGUAAUUGGUUUUAGAAGGCUACCUUUGUACACAGCGUAAUGCAACAUUGUAAUAUAUUAUAUAUACGCAUUGUAAGGCAAGUGCGAUAUAUGUAGAUAAAACUGAAUUGCUAUUAAUAAUAAUAAUUAUUAUUAGCAAUAGUUAAUAAAAUAAUUUAAAAAAG